AUGAAAACCAUUCUCAUAGUCUUGCUUUUCGCAUUUGUAACUCCAUCUCUUUCACUGCCUCUCUCAACACAAUCAAGAUGGAUUGUGGAUGAACCAACAGAGGAUCGAGUGAAGCUCGCCUGUGCGAAUUGGGCUGCUCACUUGGAACCCAUGUUACCCGAGGGACUCGACAAGAAGCCAUUGAACCAAAUUGCAAGGUAUGUGGCCUUGAUGGGGUUCAACUGCAUACGUCUGACGUGGGCUACAUACAUGUUCACGCGUCAUGCUAAUCUUACCGUGGCACAAUCCUUUCAGGACCUUGGUUUGGUGGAGGCGAAGGUGGGCAUAGCCAAGAACAACCCGGAUAUUUUAGGCCUCACGGUGGUUGACGCCCAAAAGGCUGUCGUUGAGGAGCUUGGUUCACAUGGAGUUAUGGUUGUUCUUGAUAACCAAGUUAGCCAGCCGAUGUGGUGUUGUGGUGAUACUGAUGGGAAUGGGUUCUUUGGCGAUGAGCAUUUUAAUCCCAGAGAAUGGCUACGAAGCUUAGCCAUAGUAGCUAAGCGGUUCAAGGACACUCCUAUGGUAGUUGGAAUGAGCUUACGAAACGAGCUACGAGGCCCGCGUCAAAACAAGACAGUUUGGUAUCGAUAUGUCCGAAUGGGUGCAAAUACUAUUCACAGGACAAACCCAAAUUUAUUAAUACUCAUAUCAGGAUUAGACUACGAUCUUGAUUUUAGAAUGUUGAAGGAAAGACCACUGGGAUUGAAAUUUCAUCAUAAGUUGGUGUUCGAGACACAUCGGUACGCAUUCACCGAGGGACAGACAGAUAUGUGGCUGCAUCAGCCAUUGAAUAAUGUCUGUGCCAAUAUCACAGGAGAAAUCGAAGAAAAGGUCGGAUUUUUAACCGGCGGUAGGAAUCCGGCACCAUUGUUUGUGACUGAAUUUGGUAUCAACCAGAUGGGAGUGAAUGAGGCAGACAACCUGUUCUUGGGUUGUUUUCUGGGCUAUUUGGCGGAGAAGGAUUUGGAUUGGGCUCUGUGGGCAUUGCAAGGAAGCUAUUACCUAAGGGAUGGACUUCAAGAUCCUGAUGAGACAUAUGGGAUGUUCAAUUCUAGCUGGAACAGUCUAAGAAGUCCAGAGUUUCAUGAGAAGUUACAGCUUAUACAACAGAAGAUUCAAGAUCCCAAAUCGAAUGUUUCACCAUACUACAUAAUGUAUCAUCCAACGAGUGGUCGUUGUAUGAGGGGGGUCAAUAACGAACUUCAUCCAACUGAUUGCUGGAGCUUGAGUCGAUGGAGCCACGCCGGAGACGGAACUCCGAUCCGUCUGAUGGGUACUCCAUUGUGUCUGACAGCAGUCGGAGACGGCUUACCGGUGAGCCUGACGGCUGAUUGCAUGAGCGAGCAAAGUACGUGGAAAUUAUUUUCUGACACCAAGUAUCAGAUUGCUAACAGAGAUGAACAUGGGACAGACUUGUGUUUAGAUUGGGAUCCAAACUAUUCUUCAAGGAUUUUGACAAAGAAGUGCCUUUGUUCUCAAGAUGAUUCUGAUCAGUGCCAUGACAAUCCCCAGAGCCAAUGGUUUAAGCUUAUUUCUUCCAAUGCAAAUUGA